GUGAGAAUGUUCAGCGCCGGGUUACAACAGAGUUUUAAAGAAAGUGAACAUAAGAUAAUCUGGAAACGGGUCUAUAAUACAUAAUUUAAAAAAACGGUUUCGGUUCCUUUAUAGAAUUCUUUUGAUGACUUUUGGGUUCGAAGCGAUAACUGUGCGUAAAAGGAGGAUACUUAGAAACUGAUAGCUAUUCAGCUAGUAUUUCCUAACUGUCUUUUCACAGGCGCAUUUUCACCGAGAAGCGAGGAUUCAAGACUUUAUUUUCUAUUUUGCUGAUGACUGUGUUGAAUGGUUAUAGACAUGCGUUUACUUUUCACACAAAUACCGAAGUUUUAAAUUGUUUGCAUUUUGUGAACGUGGACGCCUUUUGAAACAUUUUUGUGAUUAUUUGGAAAAGAUCUUUUUUGAGAACAGAAUAUUCCUAUUAACGACAUUAUGGCUGAACACGAGAGUCUGGAAUUCGGAAAGGCGGAUUUUGUGCUUCUUGACAACGUUUCCUUGGAGGAAUUCAUGGCCAACCUCAAGCUCAGGUUUGAGAAGGGCCGGAUCUACACAUACAUUGGGGAGGUGGUGGUAUCGGUGAACCCAUACCGUGCCAUGAACAUCUACGGCCGUGACACCAUUGAACAGUACAAGGGCCGAGAGCUGUAUGAGCGGCCGCCACACCUCUUCGCCAUCGCUGAUGCUGCCUACAAGGCCAUGAAGAGGAGGAACAAGGACACCUGCAUCGUUAUCUCAGGGGAGAGUGGAGCGGGGAAGACAGAGGCCAGCAAAUACAUCAUGCAGUACAUUGCCGCCAUCACCAACCCCAACCAGCGAGCAGAGGUGGAGAGGGUGAAGAAUAUGCUGCUGAAAUCCAACUGUGUCCUGGAGGCCUUCGGCAAUGCAAAGACCAACCGCAAUGACAACUCCAGCCGCUUCGGAAAGUACAUGGAUAUUAAUUUCGACUUCAAAGGGGACCCCAUCGGGGGGCACAUCAAUAACUACCUGCUGGAAAAGUCCAGAGUCAUCUUCCAGCAAGAAGGCGAAAGAAGCUUUCACUCCUUCUACCAGCUGGUGAAGGGGGGCCCGGAGUCUCUCCUACGAUCAUUGCACAUCCAGAAGGACCCCACUGUCUACAGCUACAUCCGAGUCGGAGGACAGGUCAAGUCCUCCAUCAAUGACAGUGCUGAUUUCAAAGCCGUGGCUGAUGCCAUGAAGGUGAUCGGCUUCACGAGUGAGGAGAUCCAGACAGUGUACAAGAUCCUGGCCACCAUCUUACACCUGGGCAACCUGAAGUUUGGCAGCGACGGGGACGUCACGCUGAUUGAGAACAGUAAGCUGGUAUCGGUGCUGGGGGACCUCUUGGCCACCAAACAGGAGAAUGUGGAGAAGGCCUUGCUCUAUCGCACUGUGGCAACCGGCCGUGACAUCAUCGACAAGCAGCACACUGCCCAGGAGGCCAGCUAUGGCCGUGAUGCACUGGCAAAGGCGAUUUAUGAGCGUCUCUUCUGUUGGAUCGUUGGGCGUAUCAAUGACAUCAUCGAGGUGAAGAACUACGAUGCCAAAGUCCAUGGGAAGAACACAGUGAUCGGUGUGCUUGAUAUCUAUGGCUUCGAGAUCUUCCAGAACAACAGCUUUGAGCAGUUCUGUAUAAACUACUGCAAUGAGAAGCUGCAGCAGCUCUUCAUUCAGCUGGUGCUGAGGCAGGAGCAGGAGGAGUACCAGCGUGAGGGCAUCCCCUGGAAACAUAUUGACUACUUCAACAACCAGAUCAUCGUGGACCUGGUAGAGCAGCAGCACAAGGGCAUUUUCUCAGUGCUGGACGAGGCCUGCAUGAAUGUGGGAAAGGUGACAGACGAGGUGUUCCUGCAGGCACUUAACGGCAAGCUGGCCAAACAUGCCCACUACACCAGCCGCAAGCUCUCUCCAACAGAUAAGAGCCUGGAGUUUGACCGAGACUUCCGUAUCCGCCACUACGCAGGCGACGUGGUGUACUCUGUAGUGGGCUUCAUUGACAAGAACAAGGACACCCUGUUUCAAGACUUCAAGAGGCUAUUGUAUAACAGCUCGAACCCUGUGCUGAAGGGAAUGUGGCCAGAGGGGAAGCUGAGCAUCACUGAGGUCACUAAGCGCCCCCUGACAGCCGGCACACUCUUCAAGAAUUCAAUGAUCUCACUGGUGGAGAACCUGGCCUGCAAGGAGCCCUACUAUGUACGCUGCAUCAAGCCCAAUGACAUGAAGUCGCCUCUCCUAUUUGAGCAGGAGCGUUGCCGCCACCAGGUGGAAUACCUGGGUCUUCUGGAGAAUGUGCGCGUGCGACGUGCCGGCUUCGCCUACCGGCAGACCUACCCUCGGUUCCUGCAGAGGUACAAGAUGAUCUCAGAGUUCACAUGGCCCAACCAUGAUCUGCCGUCAGACCGCGAAGCAGUGAAGCAGCUGAUGCAGUGCUGCGGGUUUGAGAGUGAUGCAGCCUAUGGGAAGACCAAAGUGUUCAUCCGCACACCACGGACCCUCUUCACCCUGGAGGAGCAGCGGGCCGAAAUGGUGCAGCGCAUCGUCCUCUUCUUGCAGAAGGUGUGGCGUGGCACAGUUGCCAGAAUACGUUACCGCCGAAUGCGGGCUGCCCUGACCAUCAUACGCGCUUACCGCCGCUACAAGGUUAAGUCCUACGUCCGUGAGGUGAACCGCCGCUUCAAGCAUGUCAACACCAUGAAGGAUCAUGGGAAGCAUGUCAAGUGGCCCAUGCCACCCAAAGUCCUGCGAAAAUUUGAGGAGGCGCUGAGGAGCAUUUACAACAGGUGGUGGGCGUGGACCCUCAUCAAAGGCUUGACGCCUGAAGAGACGCUGCAGAUGAGGGCCAAAGUAGCCACGCUGGAAUCUUUGAAGGGUCAUAGGGUUGAUCUGGGCCUGCAGAGGGCGUGGGAAGGCAACUACCUGAAGCGAGACAGCCCUGAGACAGUGUCCUCCUUCACCCUGGUAUCCAAUGACCUGCAACGGAAGGACAAGUUCAUGCGAGUCCUCUUCUCCUGCAACGUUCGUAAGAUCAACCGCUUCCACAAGGCAGAGGACCGGGCAGUGCUCAUCACUGACAGACACCUGUACAAGAUGGACCCUCUCAAGCAGUACAAGCCCAUGAAGAGCAUCCCACUAUACAAUGUGACAGGGGUGAGCGUGUCCCCAGGGAAGGACCAGCUGGUGGUGUUCCACACCAAGGACAGCAGAGACCUUAUUGUGUGCUUGCAGGGCAUGGUGCCCGCCGGCGAGAGCCGCAUUGGUGAGCUGGUGGGCACCCUGCUCAGCCACUUCAAAAGUGAGAAGAGGAAGCUUCAGGUGAACAUUGUGAGCCCCAUCCAAUGCAGCAUGCAUGGGAGGAAGUGCACCAUUGUCGUGGAGACCAAGAUCAACCAAUCACAGCCGGACUUCACCAAGAGUCGCUCUGGUUAUAUCCUGGCAGUGCCAGGCAAUUAAGAAGAGAUGGGGUAAAGGGGGGGUCUGUCACCAGGAUAUUGGGGACAGGGCUGCUUGAUGGCAGUUCAAUUAGAUUGUGUCUUCAUCUCAAUCUGCUCUAUAAAAAUAUGAUCAUUAUGAAAAAAAUACAACAUCUAAUCACAGGAAUAAGGAGUACGUCUGAUUAAGCAAUACCAAAUAUGCCUUAAAUUAGGUCUUCAAGCACCACAGUCUUCCCCUUAGGAAAUUAGCUGUGGAAAAGCAUGAGAACAGUUUCAGCAAGGGAAAUUGAAGGAGACUAGUUUGUAUGUUAAAAUGACUGAAUGGAUUUAGAUAUAGAUAAAUUGUAGUAAUCGCCUGAGAUACACACAGGACAUGCACCAAUGAGUUAAUGAUUGCACCUUUGGACCUCCAGCUUCUGUCUAAGCAGCUUCUGUCUUUAUGAAAUAGGAUGUUCUAUGACACACGUGGUCGUGGUACUCCAAAGUGAGGAACGGGUUUCCCACACUUUGAGGUGAAGAAAUUCCUUCUUUUGUCUUACGGUUAUGUAUCAACUUAAUGUUGACAAACUGUGUCCCUUGCAUCAUCUGUAGUUAGAAUCUGUGAUUCAACAUGUGUGCCAGAUGAAAAGAACAUACUCUUGCCAUGUAAAUGGAAAAUGGAACAUAUAAAUAUCAGGACUGUUGGUAUGCUGUAGUGUUUGAGUGUGCUGUUGCAAAAUUCUAAGAGUCAAAAGAAUGAAUAUCAGAACUUGGCAAAUACCUGUAUAUCCUGUGUAUUACAAGGGAAUGUUUAUUUUUGUUUAAUGUCAAUUUGAUAGGACUACAGUUUAUUUUUUAUCCAGCUGCCCGCUUUAUUAUUGAGGUCUGUGGCUUUGCCUCUUUUAGUGUCAUUUAUUUUUAUAAUUUUGUUGUUUUCAAAGAUGUCCACAGUCUAGCCCACAGACUUCAGAGCCUCAAGCCCAUCUUAAACACCCAGAUUGGUUAUUUGGUAUGAUUCUAACCCUCGCUCACAUUUUAAGAGUGCUGUUGGCAAAGUCAGUCUUUUGUAGAAGUGUGUGUGUGUGUGUGUGUCUGUGUCCAUGUCCAUUUCCGUGUCC